GGUCGCCGGCCACCGCCGUCAACAUUCAUCACUACAACCCAUUUCAUCAAUCUGGUUUCAAGAUUAAAAAUAUCGAAGAUCCACGAUCAAAAACCCUUUCUUUCAUCUGGGUAUCUUUUAAAAAUCCACAGGUCACCGUCAUCGUACUUCACGUAACUUCUGUCUUUCAUUUCUUUUGUAUCAAUUUCUGAAAAAAACUUCCCUCGCAACAUUCUUAUGUUACUCAUCUCGCAACUCACAAUCCAUCACUUUUGUUCUUGAAUUCCGGACCGAUUUUCUUGAUUCUGAAUUGGGUUUUAUUGAUUUUCUUGGAUUUAUCAAAGAUUGAAUCUGUUUCACUGAUUUCUUUCUUCUUGUUGUAUAUGGGCUGAGUGAGCAUUUCAUGGGAGGUGUUGGGAGUGUUGGACCACCAUCGAAACGCAGGAAAGUGUCUUCAACAGAAAUACCCGAGAAAUCAUCGGUUUCAAUGGCUGAUGAUGCAAUCGGUUCAAAGGGAGUUAAGAAAGUUGAGUUUGUUAGACUCAUAGCCGAUGCAUUACAUUCUCUUGGGUAUAGAAAGACUGGUGAAUAUCUCGAGAAGGAAUCAGGCAUUACUCUUUUUCCAUCUGUUAUUAAUGAAUUCAGUCAACAGAUUCUUGAUGGUAAUUGGGAUGAAAGUUUGAAUUCUUUAAGAAAAAUAUCUAUCCUUGAUGAAUCUGUUGUCAAAUCGUCGUCUUUUGUAAUAUUAGAGCAGAAGUUUUUACAACUUUUGGAUUCUCAGAACCCAGAUGAUGCUUUAAGAACAUUAAGAACCGAAAUAACCCCUCUUUCUAUAAAUCACAAUCGGGUUCGAGAGCUUUCUUCUUUGGUGUUGUGUUCUGGUCAAGCCAUGGUCAAACCAAAGCCCAGAUCAGUGGUCCUCCACGAUUUGCAGAAGUUGUUUCCUCCAAAUGUUAUGAUCCCAGAAGGCAGAUUGCUGCAUUUAGUAGAACAAGCUCUUGACUUGCAACGUGAUUCGUGUUCUUUUCACAAUUCUUUAAUUGGGAAGACAUCAUUAUUCAUCGAUCAUAACUGUGGAAAAGAUCAGAUUCCGUCUAAGACAUUACAGAUUCUCCAAGAACAUGAAGAUGAAGUCUGGUUUCUGCAGUUUUCCCAUAAUGGGAAAUUCUUGGCUUCAUCAUCCAGAGAUAAAUCAGCCAUCAUAUGGGAAGUUAAUCUAGAUGGUAAAGUCUCAUUGAAGCAUAGAUUAUUAGGCCACAAGAAACCAGUCUCAAGUGUUUCUUGGAGCCCCAAUGAUGAUCAGAUCCUCACAUGUGGUGUAGAAGAUGUUAUUAAGCGUUGGGACGUUAUUUCUGGCGAAUGCCUUUGUGUUUAUCAAAAGAACGAUCUUGGAAUGGUUUCGUGUUGUUGGACUCCAGAAGGCGAUCGUGUGUUUUCAGGUGCUACUGAUAAAAGUGUCAUCAUGUGGGAUUUGGAUGGGAAUGAGUUAGAAUCUUGGCCCAGCCAGAAAACUGUUAGGAUCUCGGAUUUGCAAAUAAUGGGUGAUGGCAGGUAUAUAGUCUCGAUUUGCAAGGAAAAUAUGAUUGAUAUAUUCGAUAGAUCACCAUUAGGAUGCGAAAGAAUAAUCAAGGAGAAUCAUAACAUAGUUUCUUUUACUUUAUCCGAGGACAAGAAGUUCUUGCUGGUUAGUUUGGUGAAUCAAGAAAUACAUCUUUGGCGUAUACAUGGAGACAUACGACUUCUGGCAAGGUAUAAGGGUCAUAAAGUUUCGCGAUUUGUGGUUAGAGCUUGUUUUGGUGGACUUGAUCAAGCGUUUGUUGCUAGUGGCAGUGAAGACUCUCGGGUGUAUAUAUGGUACAGGGAGACGGGUGAGCUCCUAGAGACGCUAGCAGGCCAUUCUGGAGCCGUUAACUGUACUAGCUGGAACCCAACGAAUCCACACAUGUUGGCAUCAGCUAGUGAUGAUCGAACCAUACACAUCUGGGGUCUGAACCAUGUAGACUGAACCAGAAACACACACACUUCACAGAUAAAACUGGAAGAAUCUUGAAUUACUGAUGUUUCUGAAUAUGGAUGGCUUGGUGUUGAUGUUGGUACUGAAAUCUGCAUAUUGAUCAACAGUUUGAGGUGUUUUCAUUUGAGUGCAUAAGGAUUUCUUGAUAUCUUGUGUUUUCUACACCUGAGAAAUGGUAUUUAUGUUCAAAUUGUGUUCUUGUUUAUGCUAUCAUUCUGUUUGAAAAGAAUGCUUCCCUUUUGUUUCCGGUUUAGCAAAUGAGGAUCAUGACCGCCCUUUCGGUUAUACAAAUCCCGUUGCUUAAUUCAAAUGUAUGUGACAGUAGACUUGGUUUC